UGAGUGAGGCCUGGCGGACGCCGCCGAGGAGACCUCGCCGUAGGCUGCUCCUACAACCAAUCGGGCUGGGGAAAUCGCCGGCAGAUCGGCCGUCGACCGGCUCGUCGAGUUCAGGCUCGCGUUUUGAUCGUCUUGGCGAGAUCUCGGACGGUGAGGAGGAGCUAUCCGUGGCGGAGGAGGUGGCAUGGCGAGGUCUGGCUGAUGAACCAUGUGUUCCGCCGCCGGAUCCCGCUGCGGCCCUCAACGGCGAUGUACUGCUCGCCGACUUCUGGUCUCGCAUAGGCUAUCCAUCGGCGGCGUCCAGGGUUUGGGAGAAGCCCGAGUCAAGGCCGGCCGCAGCGAGGGCAAGAUCUUUGUCGCCGCCAAGAUCUUCCGUUCGGGAGGAGGUUCGGCGACAGGUGUCUUCGUCUCCGACAGGGCUGCGGUUGCCCAAACCCUCGGUGCGGCUAAAAGCUUGGAAGGGCCCUUUGCCGCCGAGACGGGUCACGCCGCCGGCGGUUCUGGGGGACUUCUUCGCCGCGUCUCUGGCGGGCGUGAGAGGUGCUUAUCCAGCGGCCGAUGAGUGGUUCGAGGAUGGGCGGCAGGAGAUGGGAAGGCCGGCGGAGGAGGCGACCUCGCCGGUGCAGGUCACGGCCGCGGCGGAGAUCACGCCUCGUUUCAAACCUCCAGAGGCGGGAUCAUCGGCGCAUGCAGAUGGGCCCCAGCAGAGGUGGGCCGGCUUCGGACAUGCGGUUAUGGGCCUUCAGCGCGCAGCACGAUUUCCUGGACGAAGUCACGAUCGUGUGCACUUCUCGUCUCGACAAUCUGCUUUCGUCGCCGCCGCUCCUCUCCGUCACGGUGCCGACGCCGCUAAUCACCGCCCUUCCUCACCGCGCGACCGACCCUCCCCGCUGCCUUCUUCGCAUCCGGAUCGACCCUCCUUCGCGCAGGUGGUUGCGGGGGUCCGUGACCGCGCCGCCAUGUCGGGGCCGUCGCGGCCGCCAGUGCCGCCCGGGGCGGCGGCGUCUACUCCGGGGGCAACGGCGCCCACGCCCGCUGCGGUGAGGCCGGGGCGCCCCCACCCGCCGGCGCUGCGCCGUACCUCGGCCCGCCAGGAUUCCAAGGGUGGCCGGCCGGCACCCCUUUGCUGGCGCAGCAUGCCCCUGCGCCGCGGCCAAACACGGGGUUUCGUCCGCCCGCCCGCGCACCCGUUCCGCCGAUGCACUACAUUCCUCCGCAGCAACCUUUUCAGCAGUAUUCUGGUCAGUAUUAUCAGUAUCCGCAAGUGGGGCAGCAGUACGUGCCGCAGGUACCUUUGCCACAAGUCGCCCCUCCGCAGCCGCAGACUCUGCAGCCACCACCUCAACAGCAGCCGCUAGCUCAGCCCGGUCAAGGCAAGAAAAGACGGAAGAAGAAGGCGGUGGCCGUUGUGGGUUCGGAGGCGGGGGUCCAGCCAGUUGCCCCUCCUCUUGGACAGCCCAUCCCGGAGGCUAUGGGACAGCCAUCUGUGAUUGCACCGCAGGGUUUGACUGCCGCACCUCACCAGAUUCCUACAGAUGCUCCAGCUCCUGUUGCACUCGUGAAACAGAAGAAGGUGGGACGUUGUUGGAAAUGUGAUGUGAAUACUCAUGCUACAAAGAACUGCAAGGUUCUGCAUUAUUGUUUGGUUUGUGAUUCUGGGGAUCAUCCGACUGUUAGAUGCCCUAUUCUGAAAGUUCCGAAGCCCAUGAGUUUUUUUGUUGGUUGCGGUAAUGAUGCCACUCUUGACCUGCAGCUCCCUGACUCGGUGUACAAGCCUCAGUUGAUUGCCUCUGGUGCACCCACAGCUUUGGUUCAGGUGUCUGGUGAGGGGACAGUCACGGCGGCGGAUAUUCAGAGUCUCCUUGCUCGUAUGUGUCCUGGGAAUCCCACCUGGAGAUGGGAGGCGUCUCCACAUGGGGAGAAGGCUUUUCUUGUUGGGGUUCCUACACAUGAUGAUUUGGCGAGGAUAGACGGCAUGCAGAUGAGUGUACCCAAGGUUCAGGCACAGGUGCUUGUCUCUACUUGGGAACAUCAGGAUAUUGCUCCAGCCUUUGUUAUGAAGCCAGUUUGGGUGCAUGUCGAUGGUGUGCCGGAUUCCGUGAAGCACUUUCUUGGGCUAUGGGCUGUUGGGACUCUCAUUGGUUCUACUCUUGAUGUGGACUUAUAUACUCUUCGCAGUCAGGGGAUUGUUCGCAUUUUGGUGGCUAUGCGGGAUGUUUCGGUGCUCUCGAGAGAUAAACGUGGCUAUUUGGAGGUGGUUGCUUUACUACACCUCAAUGGCUACAGAUUUUGGUUUCGGAAGGAGGCGGAUGGUUUCAAGCCCGACUCACGGUUUCGGCCUUUCUUCUGGAAAGAUGGUGCGGAUUCUGAUGAUUCCCAUGGUGCAGAGGAGAAACGACUAGAGGAUGGUUCAGCGGAGGAUGCACCAGGGGCGGCGAACAUGGAGGUGGAUACCCGCCCUCCUACGCACACGUCUGGUGCAACCUCGGCGACAGGUGCACAGCUGGCUCUGACUCCUUUUAAUCACUCACCGGUGACCGAUAGAGGACGAGAGAUAGUGGCGAGGGCACGGUCCCAAACACCGCAUCUAGUUGCUUCUCCACCACGGGCAUCUCGGACUCCUUCACCUUCACGUGUUCGGACUUUCAUGCAGGGUCGGACUAGGCCGGCUUCUUCUCCGUCGUCGAGUUUCGCGCCUCCGGGGGCAUCGCAGCCAUCUUCAGCCUCGAGGGUGGUGGCGGUGGAGCUGGCCUCGAGGGCUCCGCCGUCCUCACCACCACCUGGCGGCCUGCUUCCGCGUGGACCGGUCCUGGAGGAGGAGGCGGCGGGCGACGCCGCGCUGCUGCGCCACCAGGGCGAGGCGCGGGGGGGAGUGGCCUCAGCUGAGGCCGCGCCAUGCACGCCCACCGCCGUCACGUUGCCUCGGCCGUCGCGUGGCAUAGACGCCGGGAGGGGUGUCGCUGUGGCUACCUCUCCUUCGGUGGACGCAUAGCCAUGCAGUGGCGUAGCCUCCGUCGACGGACAGCGGGCCUCGGACGCACCUCGGGAGACUGCUCCGUCUCCACAGGUGGUGGGGACGCCGGGGCCUGGGCAUGGCCUGGACCCUUUGGGGUCGGCUGAUGCCCCAUCGUCUACGACUUCUUCUCCAGCAGCUGGUGGGUUGUCGAGGUCGGGGUCGGUGCGGGGGGCUUCAUCGCCUCUUACCCCUGCAUCACCUACCUCUUCACCCGCUUCGUCGAUCGUUCCUGCUUCGACCACUUCUUCGCCACGCCCGAGCUCUACUGCACCGGUCCCCGCUCUGCAGCAUCCUACCCCUACCGUCCCUCCUCCGGUCGUUCAGCCGACUUUGAGGAGGAGUGGGAGGUACGCGCUGUCGGAGGAUGGGGCGGGACCUACCGAUGAGGACGCCUUGCAGAGAGCCAUGCGACGUAAGGCGGAGAAGAACUUGGACACGGCAGGUCAUCUACAGAUGUACAGGUAUUCUCCGUUCAUGGUUACCUCUUCAGCGGCCGGAGAACCGAGACCUAUUUACGGAGGUCUGUACACGGUUGGAGGCUACGGCGAGGGAUACUUUUUCCCGACAUGGGUGGCAGCAUAGUCUACGGAUUGAAGCUCCACACUCGUCUUAGGCGUUAUAUAGUUUAUCGUCUCGAUAUGUAUUUCGCCUUUUUCCUUUUAUUACUCGUUCUGGACUAUUGAAACAGCUGUGUGCAUCCUGGUUAUGCAGAGGCUGGAUGUAAUUGCUUAUCAAAGUAAUAAAACAUCCUUUAUCGA